CAUGACGUGCGAAAACGACGGGAGCCUCAACCGGGUCUGGCUCCGGGGCUUCCUUCGGGGCGUCGACUGUCGACCGGUGCAGUUUCGGGACGCCCUCGGAACGACGCUGGUUUGCAGCCUGUGCGGACUGGUGGCCCGCCGGAUGGCUUCGCUCCGCUGCUCGCACGUCUUCUGCGAGUUCUGCUUGGAGCAGUGCACCGGCGGCGUCUUCGGUGUGGAGAAGCGGUGUAUUUUCGACCAACAGACGACGGACGUGUCCGAUGUGGGCGCCGUACGAUGGUACGAGACCCAGCCGCUGGACCUCGUAAAGGCAAAGGUUCGAUGCUGGAAUGCAAGAUACGGGUGUGAUUUCACGGGUCCACUGCGUGGUCUGCUGGAUCACUUCGAACAGGACUGCACCUAUCACGUGGUCAUUUGCCCUCGAUGUCAGAGCAUGCAAGUGCGCUCGAAACUGGCCGACCAUUAUCGCCGUGGAUGCGUGGCACCUCCCGCCAUCAACUCCUUGGGAUGCCACCAACUUCCCGGCGCCAGUGUCUCCAGCAAUAGACAAGACGCUGCGUCGCUUUCUCUAACGCAAGACACGAUCGCAGGUAUACCGUUGUCUGGACACAACAAUCAGUGA